GCGCCGGUCGCUGCGCGCGCACCUUUUCUCCUUUCCUCGUUCUUCGGAGUGCCUCCGAUAGCGAGGUCUCUGGCGCGGACUAUCUUUUGCCAUCUGGGCCGGCUGAGGCCCUUGCAGGUUUUAGAAGAUGGCAAAGUUCAUGACACCCGUGAUCCAGGACAACCCCUCAGGCUGGGGUCCCUGCGCUGUCCCCGAGCAGUUUCGGGAUAUGCCCUACCAGCCAUUCAGCAAAGGAGAUCGGCUAGGAAAGGUACCUGCCUGUCAGCGGGAGUCUGAAUCUUUAAAUCUGGGGCUGCUGCUCUCUCUGAGUUCAUUUCCAUUUUAUUCUCUCAAAAGCAUUACUCCUGUGUUCCUUAUAGGGACACCAGCUGAGAAAGGUUAUAACCUCUGGAUACUUCCAGUAGUCAUAGGAGAGCUGGAUACUUACAAAGGCAUUGUUGCAGACUGGACAGGUACCACAUACCAAGAUAAGAGGUACACAAAUAAGUACUCCUCUCAGUUUGGUGGUGGAAGUCAGUAUGCUUAUUUCCACGAGGAGGAUGAAACUAGUUUCCAACUGGUGGAUACAGCACGCACACAGAAGACCGCCUACCAGCGGAAUCGGAUGCGAUUUGCACAGCGGAACCUCCGCAGAGACAAAGAUCGACGCAACAUGUUGCAGUUCAAUCUGCAGACCCUGCCUAAGAGCGCCAAACAGAAAGAGAGAGAACGCAUACGACUGCAGAAAAAAUUUCAGAAACAAUUUGGAGUGAGGCAGAAAUGGGACCAGAAAUCACAGAAACCCCGAGACUCUUCAGUUGAAGUCCGUAGUGACUGGGAGGUGAAAGAAGAAAUGGAUUUUCCUCAGUUAAUGAAGAUGCGCUACUUGGAAGUCUCGGAGCCACAGGACAUCGAGUGUUGUGGGGCCCUGGAAUACUAUGACAAAGCCUUUGACCGCAUCACCACGAGGAGCGAGAAGCCCCUGCGGAGCAUAAAGCGCAUCUUCCACACUGUCACCACCACAGACGACCCUGUCAUCCGAAAGCUGGCAAAAACCCAGGGCAAUGUGUUUGCCACCGACGCCAUUCUGGCCACACUGAUGAGCUGCACCCGUUCUGUAUAUUCCUGGGACAUCGUCGUCCAGAGAGUCGGGUCCAAGCUCUUCUUCGACAAGAGGGAUAACUCUGACUUCGACCUCCUGACAGUGAGUGAGACGGCUAACGAGCCCCCUCAAGAUGAAGGUAAUUCGUUCAACUCACCCCGCAACCUGGCCAUGGAAGCAACCUACAUCAACCACAACUUCUCCCAGCAGUGCCUGAGGAUGGGGAAAGAAAGAUACAACUUCCCCAACCCAAACCCGUUUGUGGAGGACGACAUGGAUAAGAAUGAAAUCGCCUCUGUUGCAUACCGGUAUCGAAGGUGGAAGCUUGGGGACGACAUUGACCUGAUUGUCCGUUGUGAGCAUGAUGGUGUCAUGACCGGAGCCAAUGGGGAAGUGUCCUUUAUCAACAUCAAGACCCUCAACGAGUGGGACUCUAGGCACUGUAAUGGCGUGGACUGGCGUCAGAAGCUGGACUCUCAGCGAGGGGCCGUCAUUGCCACCGAGCUGAAGAACAACAGCUACAAGUUGGCCCGAUGGACCUGCUGUGCUCUGCUGGCCGGAUCCGAGUACCUCAAGCUUGGUUAUGUGUCCCGAUACCAUGUGAAAGACUCCUCACGCCACGUCAUCCUGGGCACCCAGCAGUUCAAGCCCAAUGAGUUUGCCAGCCAGAUCAACCUGAGUGUAGAGAACGCCUGGGGCAUCCUGCGCUGCGUCAUCGACAUCUGCAUGAAGCUGGAGGAGGGCAAGUACCUCAUCCUCAAGGACCCCAACAAGCAGGUCAUCCGCGUCUACAGCCUGCCGGAUGGCACCUUCAGCUCCGAUGAGGACGAUGAGGAGGAAGAGGAGGAGGAGGAAGAGGAAGAAGAGGAAGAAACCUAAGUCAGACGGUGGGGUGGAGCCUGAGUUGGUAAAUCCAGCGAGCCUCAGAGGGCCUUUGAUGCCUGGAGGAAUGUUUGUCUGAUACUUGCUCUCUGGAGUUUGACAGGUGGAAUAAAGUAAAGUCUCUUUAGUCUCUUACCUUCA